CUGCAAAUCUCAGAACUCGAAAUUUUACAUCAAUCUUCCGUUUGCCGCGAACGCAACAUGGGCAACACGGCUUCAUCUGCGUCUGCUGGCUCGUCGCUAUCUGCAGGACAGCAUCCUCAGCAUCAGCUGGAGCAACAGCAACAACAGCAUCAACAGCAGCAGCAGCAUUGGCAGUUCGGCAGUCAUUCCAAGACCGCAAUUUUUCCCCUAUCUUCCAGCCAGCAGCUGCCGCAGCAACCGCCCCACCAGACCUCAUCCUGGCCUCCAUUCGCUGCGAGCUUUACCAGUUCGCUGUUCCCGGCCGAUCUGGAGCUGUCGCGCGGUCCUGCGCUCGACCCGCAGUCGGACACGUACUCGCCGUUGGCUUCGUUGUCCUCGCCAGCCCGCCGAACAUUCAGCCAGCGCGAGUCGCCGCCAAGCACCCGCGCCGCCCACCUGACGUAUGAAUCAGCGUCGUUGCCAGUCUCGCACGCCACGGCCGACGCUGCUUCCGAAAGUGCUGGCCCCACGCAUGCUGCGAUGUCGGAUUUAGCCGGUUCGACCCGACCGUUUGACCCAAACCCGUCAAGCGUGUCCAAAUCCACCGUUGACGCGUCGGGUCUCAUCCGUCGCGCACCAAUGCAUGCCAGCAAGCGCCCAAGACGAUCUGCGUCGCUCUAUAUUGUGGAAACACUGUUCGAGGACGGCGAAGGCAGCGACAUUACCAUCCGAGCGCUGGGUCAAGAGUGGCGGCUGCACAAGGUUUACUUGAAACAAGCCGAAUACUUUUGUUGCAUGUUUGACUCGUGCUGGGCCGAGUCUACCAGCCCGACAAUCGACAUUGAGAUUCUUGAUAGCAACAUCGAUGCUCAAGCGCUCACAGUGGCCUUUGAAUCUCUCUACCACGACGAGUACACCCUGGACGAAGCAAUCGUCGUGCCCGUGCUGGCGGCUGCAACCAUGCUCCAAAUACCACACCUCGUCGCGCAUUGUGCAUCGGUCAUGUCGCGCACCUAUUCCGCCACCACGCUGCCAAUCUACUAUGCGGCAACGCAUCAGUACGGACAAACCCAGCUGCUGCCGUCGCUGGCAGAUUGGAUGGACCACUUUUUGUUUGUUCUGCCGCCUGUCGACCUGGUCACCUUGCUUCGACAGAUGCCGCUCGAGUUGCUCCGGCAGACGAUUGCCUCGCCAAAGCUCUGCGUUGUGUUUGUGGAACUCGACGUCUACGUGAUUUGCCGAAUCUGGCUGUUCCUGCAGCUCCAGCCAAAAGUCGCGGACGAGUUUAUCGAGGAGCAGACCAAGUACCAGCACGAGCUUGACGAACUCAAGGCCAAGCGGCGCACGACUGCGUCAUUGAGCACGCCAGCGUCGAUGGUCAAGCGCUCGGGUAAAUUCUUUCGAGCGCGUGGCCAGGACGUCCAGGCGUAUCUCGACACCAAGGAGGGCAAAGGCGUUGCAGCGUUGUUUGCCGUUCUGCGCUUCCAACACAUGCUCACCACCAUGUCCAACGUCCAAGAGUUGCGCAUGGACAAUAUCAUUCCACGUUCAUGGCUCCUGCCGUACUACGAGGCGCUCUGGCUUUCGUCCCUGCAAGGAGGCUAUUGCGAUGCCGUGCCUCUGAAAGCCUUCGCCGAGUCCAUCCAUACGCCAGGUGUAGCCUCGUUGUCGUCAACAACGAGCGGUUCCACUCCAAAUCGCCCGGCUGCAUCUCCCUUGUUUGGCAAUUUGUCGCCCGCAACCUCCGCAGCCGAUGCGCUCCCCGAAUUUCCGGAGGAAACGCAGCAGAGUGAGACCGAGAGCCAGGAUGACGACGGUGCCAGCGCAGAUGAUGCGGAUUCGGAAGGUGUGUUUGAAGAAAUUGAAGUCCAGACGACGCAGUCUGCCGCCGACCAAGCAGCGUCGCUCUCGCCUGCUGCGUCCGAUUCUUCUCCAGACGCCGAAUUGCCGACAUCUCCUCCCACCCCCGCCCAGCACAACAUUGCUUCUGCUCGGCACACACUGACCCCAGGAGCGAGCUCACCCCUAGCACUCGCCGCACCGCCACCAACUAAGCCCGAGACACCCUCUCUGCUGCGUGAACUCGAGUGUUUUGCGAGCGAAAGCAUCCGGUGCGGCCGAUUCAUCGAAACCGAUGUCGACGUUACCUGGCGGUGGACUGGGUUUGCCUAUGGCUUUGAUUUGCUCGUCACCUACGUUGCAUCUCGGCGCACGCUGAGUCUGACGCGCAACUGCGCCUUCCGGACUCCUCGAAGUCACGAGUCUGCGCUGACCUGCAUCAACACGGUCGAACACCAACCCCUUCGCUAUCAAAUGUCUGUCUUCUCGGUGGCCAGCUUCCAGGAGUACAGUCAAGCGAGCACCGGCGUGACCGACAUGACCCUGGCUCAAGACACGGAUCGCGUUGUCAUGACGCUGGAUCCCAGUCUCAAGCUGCCUCUUGUUGUGAGUCUGCGUCUGCUCUUCCCCGUGCCUUCUGCCACCUUCCGAUCGCGCGUUGUAGCGCGGCGGCUCUUGUAAAAUUGCUACAGUACUUUUGAAACCAAACAAACAUCUUGCUGUGAAAUGAUGCAUGUUAAUACAGACAAUCUUGCUUGUGAAGCGACCCCUUGUUCAUGCACAAAAUCG